AUGAAUAUGUUGGAUGAUGAAGAUGACCAAAGCUUUCACGCUACGCGUGACGGCUACUCCCAUUUGAGCGAUGUCGAAUGGGAUGCGGUUGAACGAAUGGGUUCGACCAUGGGCAUCCAUGCUGUUAGCGUCAUGCUAGAGGCUCUCAAUAGAGAUGCCCAACAUGCUACUAUCGCCAAGUUCAUUCAAAAUGAACUUGACGCAGAACGCGAGAAAGUAGCCUUGCUUCACCAACAAGGUUCUCAACAAGCAGAGUUGUUGAGAGAACAAGGUGCUCAACAGUUUGAACUGUUGAGACAGCAGCAGGCUGCUGCUGGCGGGUCGAUGCACUCGCGUCGGCCCGAAACCUUGAAGAUUGACAUCUCAAAGUAUAGGGGGGUCGAAGAAGACUCCCUCUUGAGAUGGUUCGUCGAAUUGGAUGACGCCAUAAGGGUGCGUCGCAUCGACGACGGGGAUAUGCAAGUUGCAUUUGCCCAGUCAAAUCUGGCAGGACGUGCCAAGACUUGGGCACUGGGGCUCAAGCUGCACGACCCAUAUGCGUUUGGGUCGUUGGAAGUCUUCAAGUCGCGGCUCAGACAAACGUUUGAACCGCCUAGAGCUGAGUUCAGAGCUCGAACCGAACUCUUGAAGCUCAAGCAGGGUAAGCGUGAUGUGCACGCUUACGCUCAACAUAUACGACAUCUCACGAGUUGUAUAAGUUCCAACCUGGCUGAUGAACACACGUUGGUUUCGGUGUUCAUGCAAGGUCUUGCGGAUGGUCCCGUCAAGACUCACCUGUUCCGGCUUGAACUAGAUUCACUAGAACAAGCCAUUUCAAUUGCGGAACAGGAAGACUUCAGUCUGAGACAGGCUCGCGCCAGCUCGACAUCAUAUCGUCAACCGAGACGAUAUGACAACGGAGGUCCAGAGCCGAUGGAACUCUGUUAUGUAGAGAGCGAGAAGGCUCGCUCUACAGGCUACAAGAAGUUGCAGAGAUGCAACAGAUGUCAAAAGACAGGACACUACGCUUACGAGUGUAGUGCCCCUCGUCCAGUGUCUCGCGACACUGGGCGUAGUGACCGUCCACCCAUGAGAAAGGGGCAGGGACGAGGGUCCGCAGUUGGUGCAAAGACGCAACAACGGGAUGGACCGUCAAAAAAACGGACAGGAUCAGUAGGUGCGGAGCACCCUACUGAUCCAGCAACGCCAAGAGAAUUUGUAGGCCUUUUGAUGAAGGUUGCUCCCAACACACAAACGUUCUGCGUUGCUGCUCUAGGUAAUGAGAUCUCACUCAUUACUUUGAAACUCGAAGUGACAAAUAAGUUGUCCCUUCGAGCUCUAGUCGAUUGUGGGGCGUCCAACAAUUUUGUGCGACGCCAAUCGCUAGACGAUGGUCACUUUAAAUUCAGUGAAUGUGACACACCUCCUACGAGGAUGACGGUACGUCUUGCGACAGGCGCAUCCGUAACCGUCAUGAAGCGUAUAGUGAAGAUUCACUAUACGCUAGAAGAUACCCAAUACGACGAUGACUUUAUCGUAUUGGAUUUGGAUGACAAAUUUGAUGUCAUCCUUGGAAUACCGUGGCUCAGGAGGUACGAACCACGGGUAAACUGGCAACAUCGGACAGUAACGAUGCCUGCCGCUUGUUCAUCAGAUGGCCAUCUGAUGAACGUUUUGGAGCGUCCACAAGCGUGUGGAUGUACUACGAGUGAGUGCGAUGGCCUCACUUGUGGUACGGUCGUUAGUACGACUGCACAAAACCUUAGUGUACCAAACGGUUACACUUCGGACAAAGUUCCGGCGGCUGUGAGGAAACACAGGCUGCGCCGAAGGUCCACCACUCGAAUAAGUCGGGUGGACUGGGACAAAGAUGUAUCCCUAGAGGGGAACAUCUAG